CUAUGCUGUAUUUUAUAUCAACCCUUAUGUGUAAAUGUCAUAGUAGUAUAGUUUCUUUUGUUGAUAUUCGGGGAAGAAUUAUCACUCUAUUGAAAGCCUUCCAAAGUCAAUAUGUACAAAACAUGUCUUACAGGACACGUUUAAUCUGGAUUUUAAACAUUGGAUAACUUUAGCCACACGUUAGAAGGUGUUAGUGGUCAUGUGACAGAAUGGCCCUUCACCAAGGAACUCUUGCCAUAUUUGAAAAUAAUGUAGGCGUUAGUGAUGCUGUUCUACUUCAUCCAUUGACAGAGGAAAACUUCAUCCAAAAUCUCACAGACAGAUUUAACCAUGACCAGAUUUAUACCUACAUUGGAAAUGUGGUGGUGUCGGUCAACCCCUACAAACCAGUGGAGCUGUACACACAUGACAUCAUUGAUGAAUAUCGCAAUAGGAACAUGUAUGAGUUGCCUCCUCACAUCUAUGCCAUCACAGAUGGAGCUUACAGAUCUAUGAGAGACAGAAACUCCGACCAAUGCAUCAUAAUCAGUGGGGAAAGUGGAGCUGGCAAGACAGAGGCCAGCAAGGUUAUAAUGCAAUAUGUUGCUGAGGUGUCUGGAAAAGGACAAGAUAUAGACAGGGUCAAAGAGCAACUGUUACAAUCAAAUCCAGUCUUGGAAGCUUUUGGGAAUGCAAAGACAAACAGAAACGACAACUCUUCAAGAUUUGGGAAGUAUAUGGACAUUGAGUUUGAUUAUAAAGGAGAUCCACUAGGUGGAGUCAUUACUAACUAUUUACUGGAAAAGUCACGGGUAGCCUUCCAAAUGAAAGGAGAAAGAAAUUUCCAUGUGUUCUAUCAGCUGUUACGAGGUGCUGACAAAGAGUUACUCGAUGCAUUAAAACUAUCGUCAGAUCCUGAAUCGUAUGUGUUUUUAAAACAGAGUGGCUGUGUAGAUGUUGACACGGUAGAUGAUGACCAUAGCUUUAGUGUGAUUAAGAAUGGUAUGAAUGUGAUUGGUUUUAAACCAGAAGAAGUAACAAUGACAUUCCAAUUAGUUGCCAGUAUACUGAAACUGGGAAAUGUUAUAUUUCAAGCUAAAAGUAACAAGGAUGGAACUGAUGGCUGUGAACUACCUAAUAUGUCAGAAAUCAGUGAUGUCUGUGAGAUGUUAGGAUGUUCAACAGAACUGAUGUGUGAAGCUUUGACCACACGUACUGUAGAGGCUAAAGGUGAUAAGGUCAAGAGAGAUUUAGAGGUUGCUGAGGCAAUAUAUGCAAGAGAUGCUUUAUGUAAAGCUAUUUAUAGCCGAUUAUUCUCAUGGCUAGUAUCCAGGAUAAAUGACAGUAUAAAAGUGAAGUCCAAACAGAAAACCAAAGCAAUGGGAGUGUUAGAUAUUUAUGGUUUUGAAGUAUUUAAGACAAAUGGAUAUGAACAGUUUAUAAUUAAUUACUGCAAUGAGAAGUUACAACAAAUAUUUAUAGAGAGAACAUUAAAAGAAGAACAAGAGGAGUACGUGAAGGAGGGAAUAGAGUGGAUACAUGUAGAGUAUUUUAAUAAUGCUGUCAUCUGUGAUCUGAUAGAAAAGAACCAGAUGAAAAGCCAAGAUCAAGAUCCUAACACUGGUAUAUUAGCCAUGUUAGAUGAAGAGUGUAUGAGACCUGGGAACGUUACAGAUAUGACAUUCCUGGAGAAAAUGAAUGUCAGCUGUGCUACACACCCUCAUUAUGAGAGCAGAGGAUGUCGAAAAAAUCAGUCGGACAAAACUUUAGAUAUUGAUGUGUUCAGAUUAAAACAUUUUGCUGGAAGUGUUGUUUACAAAGUGAAUGGUUUUAUUGACAAAAACAAUGAUCUCCUGUUUAGAGAUUUGUCUCAAGCCAUGUUCAAGUGUAAACAUAAAUUACUGCCAAGCUUUUUCCCUGAGGGAGACCCAAAGCUCAAAUCCAGAAAAAGACCUCCAACAGCAGGGUCACAGUUCAAGGCUUCAGUGACAGAAUUAAUGGACAAUUUACUAACAAAGAGUCCCAACUAUAUUAGAUGCAUCAAGCCAAAUGAUUUUAAGAAAAGCGGGCAGCUUGAUUUGAAGCUUGUGGAACAUCAAGUCAGAUAUUUAGGGUUAAUGGAAAAUGUACGAGUAAGAAGAGCAGGUUAUGCAUUCCGUCAAAUUUAUGAACAAUUUUUAUUUCGCUACAAAAUGUUGGCUCCUGAGACUUGGCCUUCAUGGCAUGGUGCUCCAAAAGAAGGAGUCAGAUUAAUAUUGGUAGCUCAAGAUGUUCCUGUUGAUGAAUAUGCCUUUGGUAAAACAAAAAUAUUCAUACAGAAUCCAAAACUGCUAUUUGACAUUGAAGAAAGGAGACGUCAGAAAAUGCAUGAUUUGGCUACAAUGGUACAAAAAAUAUAUAAAGGCUGGAAGCAGAGAACUUACUAUCGGCUUAUGAAGAAAAGUCAAGUUAUAAUUUCCUGUCGAUUCAGAGGAUUCUGGGCUAAGAAACAGUAUCAAAGAACAAAAGCAGCAAGUCUGGUGCUACAAUGCUAUAUUAGAGGAUGGAAGGCACGCGUGUUACUGAGAAAGCUAAAGAGAGAGAAGCUGGAAUUGUGGGCGGUUGGUGUCAUUCAUAAAUAUCACAAUGGAUGGAAAGUUAGGAAAGAAUACAGACGUAAAUUUAAAUCUAUAGCUGGACCAAAGAUUGUUAAAUUCUUGAGGGUAGCAUUGAAGAAACGGUUCCUGUUACGUGUUAAGUCUGGCCUGCCGUCAAUGUCACCGUUGGAGAAAACUUGGCCAAAGUGUUCACCUUUAUUCUCAACAACAUCUGAUCAGUUACGAGAUAUUCACCAUAAAUGGAGGUGUAUGAAGUAUAGACAGAGAUUUGAUGAGGCUGAGAGGUACAAGAUGAGGGAAAAACUUACUGCCAGCAAACUGUUUAAAGAUAGGAAACCUACUUAUAGUCAAACUGUACCAGUGCCUUACAAGGGAGACUAUCAAAAUAUUCGACAAAAUCCACAAUGGCAGAAAAUGGCAGAUAAAAUUCAAGAUCAUCAUAUUAUAUUCUCUCACUUAGUGAAGAAAAUCCACAGGGCUAAUGGAAAGCUUGUAGACCAAUUACUAGUAAUGACAACAAGAUUCAUGCAUUUCCUUGACCACAGAACGAUGAUGAUAAAAUACAUGAUACCUCUCUCAGAAGUACAAAGAAUCUCAGUCAGUCCCUUCAAGGAUUGUGUCAUAGCUAUUCAUAUACAGAAGCAACAGAAUGGAGACUUGUGGAGUAAGAAAGGAGACUAUGUAUUUUUGUGUGAUCAUUUGAUAGAACUUGUAGCAAAGUCAUAUUUAGCCAUUGAAAAUUCAUCAUCAAAACCACCAGAAGUUCAGAUACAAAAUUCAAUCCCUGCAUUGUUUGGUGGAUCAGAAGUAGAGAUCACAUUUACAGAAGGAAUGAAAGAUCUGCCAUCUGGGACAGUCAAAGCAGCCAGGAAAAAACAUAAUCUUACUAUAAUGGUGCAGUGAUCAUUGUUAUACCUAGUUAUAACAAAUAGUUAUAGAUACACAUAGGACAAAUCAUUGUCAUGUUAUCACAAAUAGGUACACAUGGGACGAAUCAUUAUCAUGGAAACCUAAGUGUGCAGUCUUAAUUGAAGUACCCUAACCCACACAUCUUAUCAUACUUUAUCAGUAAGACGAGGUAUAAUUUAUGGACAGCUGCAAAUAUUUCUAUGGAAAGUACAGCAGAAUUUAAAAAGGACAGAACAGACAAACUGUGCAAGGCAAUAUUGUUUAAUAAUUAUACUAACAUUUUUCAUUAUAUAAUAUUGUUUGAAAAACAAUAAUAUUAUAGAUAUAGCUCACUUUUUUUUAUUCUAAUUCAACUGCUAUUUUAUCUAAUGUUUUAAAAGAAGUUUUAUUUUUGUACUUUUCAAUUUUCAAAAUUUAUUUAUUUUGCAUUAAUUUUUACAGUAAAUAAGUAUUACCCUGAAAUGAGAAUUUCCCCUCUUAUAACUGUUAACAUACAUCUUUAAUGAAUAACAGUCAGUCCCUAAGAGAUCCUUUGAAGAGAUUUCCCCCAAUCAAUCGAGUAUAUAAAAAGACUUACACCUUAUAGUUAGAUACACAUAUUAUACCUAAUCUUAUUUAGAUACACAUAUUAUACCUAAUCUUAUUUUAUAUUAAUAGACAAUCCUUUAUUGGGCAGCAUCAGAAAAAGCCUUUCAGGGAAAUACCUCAUACCUAGAUUAUUUUUAUUUUUAGUGGAAUGAAAAAAGUAAUAAAUCUUGAGUUUUGCUCAUUGUUAAAGGCCUUACGGUACCCUGUAAUUUCCUGAAUUCAUGUCUUUUGUUCUCUAGUAGGUAGUCAUUUCAUUGGCAAUCAUAACACAUCUCCAUAUUUAUGUACUUAUUAUAGAUAUUUUAUUCUAGAGAGAUUUCAAAUUUAAUAUUAUUUAUGUUAAAUCUGUGUGAUAAAGUUUGUUCACCAAAUAUUUUAACAAUCACUUUUAAUUUCAAGAUUAAUUGAGUAAUGAUUUAUCUCCCCUUUAUAUACAUUACUUUUUGAAGAUAGUUGCUCAUGGUGAAUUGUGGGAAAUUCUGAACCAAUUUGUUGUCUUUCUUUUUGCAUAUUUGCCUUACAUUUUUUCAGGGUUAUUUAUUAUGCAAACACUGCACAGACAAGAGCCUGAGUUUUACUAUUUUAGAUAGGAAAGUAACCACAAAUAAUACAGUAAUACAUGCAAUCUAUCUGUAAACGGUACGAUAAAAUGUUUUAUGCAUUUUUUUCCACACAGAUUUCAAAAAUUAAAUCAUAAGCUGGUUAUAUAGUGACACCAUUUUUUAGAAAGUAACCAUUUCAAUGUCAUGUACUAUAUUUGUUGAAUCUAGUGUUGUUGAAGAGAAAUUUAUGGAGUUUUUGCAUCAAACAAACUUUCACCUCAGAAUGCGAUGUAUUUUCAUUCUAACUAGGUCAUCCAGUCUUUUGUUAAAAAAAAAUGAAUAUCAAAAAUUUCUGAGAUAUAUGAAAUGUUCCUGAUUUUGCUUUACUAUUUUUUCAUAUGAUUAACAAUUCCUGACAACCUUCUUCUAUUAAAGAUAUUUAUAUUUGUUUUAUUAUAUGUUGUUAAGAUCAAGUGUUCACCAAAGAUUUUAUAUCCUCAUGUUAUCAAUGUAGUUGUAAGAUUUGUAAUAUUUUAUAUUUUGCUUUAAAAUCAUAUACAUGUAUGUUAUAGCUGUUAAUGUUGUGUUAAAUGUUAUAUUGUAUGUGUUUAGAAUUUAUCUUGUCUUUCAUAUAAAUAUACAGUGAUGUUUUUUUAAAACUAUAUUGCAAUGCCUAUGGGAACUGUUGUCACAUAAAAAUUAAUUAAUGUCAAUAAUUUUAUGGCAUUGUUUUUAUUUGAUGAACCACUUGCACGUCAAAAACUAAAUCUUAUCAUAUUAUUACUUAUCCAUCAUACAGUACGUAGAAAAUAGAUAUUUGAUUAAUAACUAAUUUUUUGAAGUGGUUAUUUUAAAUUAAGUUGAGACAUUAUACCUUUGUAUUUUAAUCGUCUCGGUUAUUGACGGACAUUUCACAUUAAAUCAGAAGUUUCCAUGAUUAUUUGUAUAUUUAUAUUUUUAUAUAUAGAAGCAUUUUGUGUAUGCUUCGUGAUAUUAUUUUAAUCAAAAUUGGUGAUCUUAUUCAUUCGUAACCAAUUAUUUAGUUUGACUUAUUUUAUUCUUAGAUAACUGACCAUUUUAUAUACUUGUGUUAAAAUAGUAACAGGAAGAACAUUUGUUUAUUUUUCUAUGUCUUAUUUGUUUUAUUCAGUAAAACAAGUUUUAUAUCAAAAGUACAGUUUUAAUAUAGACAGUUGUGUGAAAUAAGUGUCUGACUUGAAAUUUAGAAUGUAGUGUAGUUAGUUUUGUCUCUAGUCUUAAGCUAGUCAUGUAUGUGUACUCGUAAUCAGAGUGUUUGAUGUACAAAAGAUGUACAUAAUAGGAACUCCAAACCAAACUUAAAUGUUUUUAGGAUAAAUACUUACAAGAUUGAGUUAUAGACAUAAUAAAUAGUGAUCUAGCUGACUUGAGUGCCUUAAUAUUCCAUAAUCAGAAAAUAAUCCUCAUUCUUAUACAAAUUAGUCAUCCUCACAAUGUAAUAACUGCGUGAGAUCUUUAUUACUGACUUUUUAGAGAAUUUAGAUGAAAAUAAAAGUGAGUAUAAAGAAAUCACUGAAAGUUAAGAAUGAUCAUAUUUGAAUGAAUUAAAGAUGUGAUAAAUAUCUGCACUAUCUCCUUAAUUUUCAUAUACUUAAAAAGCAGUUAACAACUUGUUUUUAGUCAUUGAGUUAUGGAUUGAACUUGCCAACUCUUCACUGGAGGCUAACAUGCUUUUUCAAGACAAUUCAGGCAAUUUCAAAUCAAAAAGAAUUUAUAUUAAUUUUUUUACACAUUUUAUAUCUCGAGUUUCUCAAUACAAAGUAUACUUUUGUACAUUAGACAUCUUUAAUGUGAUAAUCAGAAUGGGGCUUGUUUGGUUAAUGUAGAUAAUGUUUGAACUCUUAACCAUGUGGAUGCCUUAAUAUUACGGCCUCUAAGGCUCUAUCCAAAAUAUAGUUUAGGAGUGGUGGACUUUACUUUAGGCCCAAUCAGUACAGAGAUUCGAAACUUACACAAACAAUUUUAACUUGGGAGAAUUACAAAUGUACUACUAAAUAUGAUACCUAUCAGUAUCACAAGGUCUUGCUGGUCUGGAAUUAGUUUAAAAAUUAUCAAAAUUGACAUUGCUUUGCACUAGAUUGCUAAUUUUGGGGGAGCAAAACAAUUUCAGAAUGGUAAAGACUUUUAAAGUGUCAUGUUCAUUUUUUUUUAGAAAUCCAUUUAUAUUUUAUUUGUUCUGUUUUUUAUAGAAUUUACUCUUAUGACACAAUAUUUAUAAAUAUGACACUUGUGUUUUUACUAAAAGCAUAUUAUUACUGAAAUAGACUUUCAACACUCUGUUUCUUUGAAAGAAAUUAAUCACAAAACUUUGCAGUAAACUUUGUCUUUAUAAAAUGAAUGUUUUAUCUCUCAUGCAGCUUCCUCCACAAAUAAAAACUGGCUGCCACAUUGAAGUAGAUUAUGCUGAAAUCAAAAUUCUUAUUUUUAGGGUAUAUAUGUCAACUAUGGCCUUUGAAGUUGGAUGUUAUAAUAUGCAUGUACUGAUUUCCAAUGAAUUAAAUUGGCAAAAAUUUUCAAACAAAAUUUAUCAAUAAAGACAUCAGAUUUGUCAUCUAAGAAUUACAUGUAUGUGACCUUAACCUCUAAAAUUAAACAAUUGCAGGUAUGUCUAUUAAUAAUUUACAGGUACCUUGUAGAUAUUAAAAUCUAUUAAAACCUAAAUGCCAAUAUGACUAAAACCAUUAAUUAACUCCAUAGAAGAGUUAUUGUCAUUUAUAAUCAUUUGUUAAACCUUUGAAGAUUUUGGAUAUUAUAUUAAAAGGAAGAAUGAAAAGAGAAAAACUGUAAAUAUUUUUUUUCUUCAACAAAAUGCUAUAUUUUUGCCAGGUAAGCACUUUGACGCCUUAAUUUGCAUCACAUAAGCCAAAUGUAACUGUUGUAACCAUACUGAACCAAGCUUUUGCUUUAUUUACGUUGUUGUGCAUCUGGCUAGAUUUAACCAUAUUAGUAUUUAUAGGUUGUUGUAUAUUUCUUUAAAAAGCUUUUAAAUGUUGUUAUUAUCUAUAACAUGUUGUUGCUGUUGUUGUUAUAAGAAUUUUGUAUUUUAAUAUUGUUAUACUUCCAAAAAUACAGUUCCAGAAACCUUUAUGUUAUUGCAAUCAAAGUUGAACUUCAAUCAGGAUGCUCAGUUUUUUUACCAUUUCUGUUCUUGAUACAAAUUAUACUUUCUAUGAAUUGGACAAUCUGUGAUGACAAAUGCGAUACUAAUUAUAAGUUACAUUAUUUUUCAUCUACAGGUUGUUUUUGCCUUACUUAAAUGAUACAGAUAUUUACAAUGAAAUAUGUGUUUAAUUGUUUAUAUAUAUUACUAUUAUUUAAUGAACUUUGUCUCAAUCUGAAUCUGUAAACAUUAUCAAACCUUAGUUUUAGUUGGGACCAUUGUAGCUCUGUGUAUCAUUAUCAGUGACAUUACAUUUUAUAAGCAUGGUCUGAGGAAGUCUGUUUAACUCAAAAUGCAACUUAACACAUUUAAUUUUUACACAUUAAAACUCUAUAACACAAGUUUUUGUUUGUUAAAAAGUAUACAUUUUAUCAUUUGGAAUUUUCCAGUUCUGAACUAUGAAUUAAAAGUUUUAAUUUGGCAAUAAAAUCACAUAUGAAAUUGUACUUAAAACUGCAAUAAUUCUUUAAGGAACUUAUGACUUUCUUCAGUAAAUUACGAGAUAUUUCUAGACUGGUCAGUGAGCUGAUGGUCUUUUCUUUAAUUAAGGACACAUUAAUGUUAUGUAUAAAGUGCUUGUUAUAUCAUUUAUUGUAUUUGUUGUGAUAUAUGGAACGCUUUUUAAAUAGGUUAUUAUACAUGGAUAUUAAAGUUUGAUACAAAACAAGAAA